UGGCCGAACGUCGCGCGCUGAGUAGUCACUGCUGCUCGCGCACUAGGCCGAUAUGCCGAGUCUGUCGCUGCUGCCGUUGCGGCGGAUCGCACGCAUAAGAUAACGAUUGAUCGCGAUCGAUGUAACAAGUGUCGAGUGUCGAGUGUCGGCGAUAUAAAAUAAUUGUAAAAAAAAAAGAACGAAAUUAACGACGAUAUCCGUGUGUGCAUAUUUGGUGCGUACGAGAAGUAGGACCGCAACGACUGUACAACGAUAUUAUUAUCAACGUCAUGUCGUGCGAUCAAGCGCAGGAAGAUAAACCCAAAUGGUUGCUCGAGUUGGAGAAUCGCAAGCGAAAGCCGAAAUUGGCCCACGAGACCGGAGCGGGCGCCCCGUGCCUGAUCUGCGAGGAUGCCUGUCCGGGCUUGGAGCUGCACUUCUGGCGGAAGAUCUGCAAAAUAUGCAAGUGCAGAGGCGACGAUCACGUCAUCGACGACGAAGACUUUCCCCAGUUCGAGCUGCUCUUCGGGCCCAAUACGAAAAAUCGCAAGAAUCGAUCGUUCGCGCUGAAAAUCAACCAGAAGCUGCAACCUCACAGUCCUCCGACGAAUUUCGAAUGGAUUCCGCCGAACACGACGGAGGAGCUGGCCGCGGACUACAUGAAGUCGCUGCCCGCGGACAAGUGGCCGAUCGCGAGCUCGGCCGGCGCCGCCGUCAGACGGCAGCAGCUGAAGAAGCAGCUGCCGCUGCACGACAUCGAUCACAAGGCCUGCGACGCGCUGAGCGAGCAGGAGAGGAAGGAGUUCGACAAGUACCUGGACAACUUGAAGAAUUGCGCCGGCCAAGGCAGAGUCUUGAAGUUCUCGAUCAUCAAGCCGUUCGAUAAAUCGCUCAUGACACCGGCCAAUGCCACGGACGUGCAGCGCAACAGUCCACAGCACAGCCAGUCCCUGUCCAACAACAACGGAGCUGGCUUGAGUCUACGCACCCCCAGCAGUUUCAUUCCCAAAGUGCCAUACUCUACGUCGGCAGCAAAGUCCAAUUUGCUGCCGAAUUACGCGCCGAGCGAGGAGAAUCGGCCGAUCACUCCGAUCAAGGACGCGAUGCGAACGACGACGCAUCCGCCAGCUAGUCACGAGCAGAGCCCGAUGGGAUACUACCAUCAGCAUCAUGGCGGCGACGGCGAUCGUCUUCAGCAGCAACUCGAUGACGUGCCGAGAGCCGCUCACGGCAGAUCUGUUCACGCUUACGGCGGGGCUGCGAGCCCGAGCCACUUGGAGCACGUUCGCAAUCGAGCGAUGAUGGCCGAUCAAGACUCGGCCAGAACCGGAGCGGCUCAUCAUCAUUAUCAUCAGCAUCAUCAUCAUCCAACAACGACCCUACCUAAUUCCGAUUACGUUCAAGCCCAAAUCGAUAGAAUCGCCGCGGCGCAAUCCGGAAACAAGCUGGAAAAUUCGAGCGGACUCGCGGCGCGAGGAAUUCGAUCGGAAACUCAUCCGCUCGAUCGUGCCUCGCCGCAACCGAGCAAACAAAAUUCGAGCGCGGACGCUUACGGAAAUUAUCCAGGCAGCUUCGAAGAUUACGCUCAACGUUACGAAGGCGGCUCGAACGACAACAACGGCGAUAACGUUCGAGGCCCGGUGAUACACGGAGCGCUGCAACACUCGAGCGUUUACCCGUCCGUGUCGAUCAGUUCCGAGGAAGCGAGACUCGAUCCCGAACGCAUCUCCGGCCUGUCCAAUAGAGCGGAAAAUAACAGAACGACGAACGCGUACCAUCCGGACUACUUGCAAGCUCGGAUAAGCUCGUCUCUGCCGGUGCACAGCAGCACGAUACAGUCCGAGCUCUUGAACAAUCCCGUCUUUCCCGAGGAGACCGUCGGCGGUGGUGCUACCUUCGUGCAACAGAAUCCCGACAACAUCAAGCAGCUGCAGGAGGGCAUGGAAGCCAUGACGAUGAACACGAGCGAGGCCCGGCACUGCUACAAGUGCAAGGCCGGCAUCGUCUCCGGGGCCGUCGUCGUCACGGCCGACAAGAUCAAGAACGCCGUCUGGCACCCCGAGUGCUUCACCUGCACGGCUUGCAGCGAGCUCCUCGUCGAUCUCAUCUACUUCACGCACAAGGGCAAUCUCUACUGCGCCCGUGAUCUCGCCGAACUCUUGGAAAUUCCGCGAUGCUUCGCUUGCGACGAGCUCAUCUUCGUUCGGGAAUACACCGUAGCCGAGGGUCACAACUAUCACGUGAAGCACUUCUGCUGCUGGGACUGCGAUAUUCCGCUGGCUGGCCUUCAGUACGUCUCGGAGAACGACAGGCCGCUGUGCUUGCCCUGCUAUCAGAGCAAUUACGCGAAGAUGUGCGCCGCCUGCAGGACCGUCAUCGCCGCCGAUCAGAAGGGAAUCGCCAUCAAGAAUUUGAAUUUCCACGCGACCGAGACGUGCUUCUGCUGCGCUACCUGCCGCAAGUCUCUGCUGGAGGGACAGCUGGCUGUGAAAGACGACAAGAUACUGUGCAGCAAGGAGUGCAUAGCCGAGUACUUGCACCGCAAGGCGAUGGGUCGAUAAAUCACAAAAUUGUUAUUCAUAAUUUGUUUGAAAAAUUAUUUUUGUACAUUUUAAUAAGAUACUUUAAUGUUUUAUAA